UGUGACCUGCCCCUCUCUGCCCACUGGUGGCGCUCGAAUACCUUAAAACUAAGUAACUGAAACUUGGGUCUAUUUUUAUAAAGACAGGGAGCAGCGCGUGCACAGGAGAGAAACACAUGUAAUCCUGGGGGAUAAAACCUCAAAAUGAGUGUGUGUGGGGAACAGGACACAAAGAAAGACGAGAGUCUGAUUCAGGGUAAGAGAUCAGACUCACCUGAACCCAGCUGUGUGUCCAUGAAGAGUGACCAGUCAAUGGAUCAUCCAAUAACAUUUAAAGACACAGACUGUGUUACUGAUCUGAGACCACAGAAGAAUAAACCAAACAUCACUGAGAAGAGUCAGUUAGAGUGGAUAUUUAAGGAGCUGGAGCACAAAGUCAUCACUCUGUUAAAAAAUGAGCUGAAGAGAUUUAAGAAGCUCCUGAGUCCAGAUUACCCAGCAUGCUCUAACAGGGGGGUGGAGGAUGAGGAGGAUCAGAGCAGUGUCAGAGCGUCAGCGCUGAAGAUCACACUGCACGUCCUGAAGAACAUGAACCACACAGAUCUCGCUAACACACUGCAGAACAAACUCGUCUCUGUGUACCGGCGAAACCUCAAAUCAAAACUGAGUGAAAAAUGUAAAAGAAUUAAUGAAGGAAUCUCACAGCCUGGAAGCUCAGCACUUCUGAAUGAGAUCUACACAGAGCUCUACAUCACAGAGGGUCGGAGUGAAGACGUUAAUAAUGAACAUGAGGUGAGACAGAUUGAGACAGCGUCCAGGAGACCACCGACACAGGAGACAUCCAUCAAAUGUAAUGAUCUCUUUAAAGACGAGUCCAUCAGAAGUGUCCUGACUAAAGGAGUUGCUGGAAUUGGAAAAACAGUCUCUGUGCAGAAGUUCAUCCUGGACUGGGCUGAAGGAAAAGCAAAUCAGGACGUCACCUUCAUGUUUCCACUUCCCUUUAGAGAGCUGAAUCUGAUGAAGCAAAAACAUCUCAGUCUGAUGGACCUUGUUCAUUACUUUUUCCCAGAAAUCAAAGGAUUAAAAUUAAUAGACUGUGAGAUCAACAAAGUUCUGUUCAUCUUUGAUGGUCUGGAUGAGUGUCGACUUCCUCUAAAUUUUCAGAACAAUGAGAGAUUGUGUGAUGUGACAGAGUUAGCCUCAGUGGAUGUGCUGCUGACAAACCUCAUCAAGGGGAACCUUCUUCCCUCUGCUCUCCUCUGGAUCACCUCUCGACCAGGAGCAGCCAAUCAGAUCCCUCCUGAGUGUGUAGACCAGGUAACAGAGGUACGAGGGUUCAGUGAUCCUCAGAAAGAUGAGUACUUCAGGAAGAGGAUCAGUGAUCAGAGCCUGGCCAAUAAAAUCAUCUCACACAUAAAGUCUUCAAGAAGCCUUUACAUCAUGUGCCACAUCCCAGUCUUCUGCUGGAUCUCAGCCACUGUUCUAGAGAGAAUGUUGGGUGAAGCAGAAAGUGGAGAGAUCCCCAAGACUCUGACUCAAAUGUUCACACACUUCCUGAUCUUUCAGAUCAAACACAAGGACCAAAAGUACCAUCAGCAAUGUGACCCUGAUCUUCAGCAGACCAGAGAGAGUAUCCUGGCUCUGGGAAAACUAGCUUUCCAGCAGCUGGAGAAAGGAAACCUGAUCUUCUACGUGGAAGACCUGAGAGAGUGUGGCAUUGAUGUCAGAGAAGUGUCAGUGUACUCAGGAGUGUGUACUCAAAUCUUCAGAGAGGAGUUUGGGCUUCACCUGGGGAAGGUGUUCAGCUUUGUACAUCUGAGUGUUCAGGAGUUUCUGGCUGCUUUAUAUGCGUUUCUUUCCUUCAUCAACAAAAAGACUACAAGACAACAAAACACUGAUCUGUCUGAUCUUUUCUCUAAAUCAAACAUGUCUGAUUUCCUAAACAGUGCAGUGGACAAGUCCUUACAAAGUGAGAAUGGACACCUGGACCUUUUCCUUCGCUUCCUCCUGGGUCUCUCACUGGAGUCCAACCAGACUCUCUUACGAGACCUACUGCCCCAGACAGGAAGCAGCUCUCACAGCAGACAGGAAACAGUCAAGUACAUCAAGAUGAAGAUCAGAGAGAAUCCAUCUCCAGAGAAAUCCAUCAAUCUGUUCCACUGUCUGAAUGAACUGAAUGAUCAUUCUCUAGUGCAGGAAGUACAACAUUACCUGAACAAAGGAGAUCACACGUGUCUCAGUGGAGUCAGACUCUCUCCUGCUCAGUGGUCAGCUCUGGUGUUUGUGUUGCUGAACUCAGAAGAGAAUCUGGAUGUGUUUAAUUUGAGUAAAUAUGCCAGAUCAGAGGAAUGUCUUCUGAAGCUGCUGCCAGUCGUCAAAUCAUCCAGAAAAGCUGAGCUGUGUUGGUGUUAUCUCACAGAUGAAAGCUGUAGAUUUCUGUCCUCAGUUCUCAGCUCAAACUCCUCCAGUCUGAGAGAACUGGACCUGAGUGGCAAUAAGCUGCAGGAUUCAGGAGUGAAGCUGCUCUCUGCUGGACUGGAGAAUCCACACUGUACACUGGAGACACUGAGGCUGUGUUGGUGUGAUCUCGCAGAUGAAAGCUGUAGAUUUCUGUCCUCAGUUCUCAGCUCAAACUCCUCCAGUCUGAGAGAACUGGACCUGAGUGUCAAUAACCUGCAGGAUUCAGGAGUGAAGCUGCUCUCUGCUGGACUGGAGAAUCCACACUGUACACUGGAGAUACUGAGGCUGCGUUGGUGUGAUCUCACAGAUGAAAGCUGUAGGUUUCUGUCCUCAGUUCUCAGCUCAAACUCCUCCAGUCUGAGAGAACUGGACCUGAGUGUCAAUAACCUGCAGGAUUCAGGAGUGAAGCUGCUCUCUGCUGGACUGGAGAAUCCACACUGUACACUGGAGACACUGAGGCUGGACCACUGCAGUAUUACAGGUGAAGGUUGUGCUGCUUUGGUUUCAGCUCUGAGGUCAAACCCCUCAUCACACCUGAGAGAACUGAAUCUGAAUCACAAUCAACCAGGAGAAUCAGGAGUGAAGCUGCUCUCUGAUCUACUGAAGGAUCCACACUGUACACUGGAGAAACUAGAGCUGUGGCGGUGUGAUCUCGCAGAUGAAAGCUGUAGAUUUCUGUCCUCAGUUCUCAGCUCAAACUCCUCCAGUCUGAGAGAACUGGACCUGAGUGUCAAUAACCUGCAGGAUUCAGGAGUGAAGCUGCUCUCUGCUGGACUGGAGAAUCCACACUGUACACUGGAGACACUGAGGCUGGAACACUGCAGUAUUACAGGUGAAGGUUGUGCUGCUCUGGUUUCAGCUCUGAGGUCAAACCCCUCAUCACACCUGAGAGAACUGAAUCUGAACGACAAUCAACCAGGAGAAUCAGGAGUGAAGCUGCUCUCUGAUCUACUGAAGGAUCCACACUGUACACUGGAGAAACUAGAGCUGCGUGGGUGUUAUCUCACAGAUGAAAGCUGUAGAUUUCUGUCCUCAGUUCUCAGCUCAAACUCCUCCAGUCUGAGAGAACUGAACCUGAGUUACAAUAAACUACAGGAUUCAGGAGUGAAGCUACUCUCUGCUGGACUGGAGAAUCCACACUGUACACUGGAGACACUGAGGCUGAUAGACUGCAGUAUUACAGGUGAAGGUUGUGCUGCUCUGGUUUCAGCUCUGAGGUCAAACCCCUCAUCACACCUGAGAGAACUGAAUCUGAACUACAAUCAACCAGGAGAAUCAGGAGUGACGCUGCUCUCUGAUCUACUGAAUGAUCCACACUGUACACUGGAAAAACUAGAGCUGUGUGGGUGUGAUCUUACAGAUGAAAGCUGUAGAUUUCUGUCCUCAGUUCUCAGCUCAAACUCCUCCAGUCUGAGAGAACUGGACCUGAGUGUCAAUAACCUGCAGGAUUCAGGAGUGAAGCUGCUCUCUGCUGGACUGGAGAAUCCACACUGUACACUGGAGACUCUGAGGCUGUGGCGGUGUGAUCUCACAGAUGAAAGCUGUAGAUUUCUGUCCUCGGUUCUCAGCUCAAACUCCUCCAGUCUGAGAGAACUGGACCUGAGUGUCAAUAAGCUACAGGAUUCAGGAGUGAAGCUGCUCUCUGCUGGACUGGAGAAUCCACACUGUACACUGGAGACACUGAGGCUGGAACACUGCAGUAUUACAGGUGAAGGUUGUGCUGCUCUGGUUUCAGCUCUGAGGUCAAACCCCUCAUCACACCUGAGAGAACUGAAUCUGAACGACAAUCAACCAGGAGAAUCAGAAGUAAAGCUGCUUUCUGAUCUACUGAAGGAUCCACACUGUACACUGGAGAAACUAGAGAUGUAGUUCUGAUCUGAUCUGAGUCUCACACACAGAGGAUGAUGAGGAUAAACUCUUACAGUCUAAAGCUUUUGAAGAACAGCUGUGAGAGCUGAAACUGAUGUCUUCCUUUUCUCAUUCAGUGAUAAUCAGAUGGUCUACAACAUGUCAGGACUUCUCUACUUUUCUAGCUGUUUGUAAAAAUGCACCAGCUGAGAGAAUCAACUUUAAUUACCUAAACAGUAAUAUUUAUAUCAUUUCUUGAGCAGUGUGCACCAAUCAGCCAGAACAUUAUAAUACAAAACAUUAUGUCCAGUGAAGCUGCACCAUUAAUUGAGUUGGGGUAGUACGCUGUUAUUUUCAUGCCAAAAACUUUUUUGCUGUUUGAUUUUAUGUUUGUUGGCGUAGGUGAUUACUUGAUUACUUGUAGUUGAAUGUUGAUACUUAAAGUAUCAGAUAAUUAAAGCUGCUGCGUUGAUUUGAGCCGUUACACAGAGACUCUAAGAAGAAAGCGAAAGCUACAGAGUUUACUGGAAGUGUGUUAAGAUUGAGCAAUAAACCCUCUGUAUGUAGAUUACCCAGACUGUUUCCCCGUGAAUAGUGUGUGGGCGUGUCCUGUCUUAGGUCAUUAUCAGAUAAUAAGAAAGAUAGACAGAAAGACAAAUUCAAAUUUUAUUUGUCACAUACACAGUACGAUAUGUAGUAAAAUUCUUAUACGACCGCAUGUGACCUUAGAAUUUAGAAACAAUUAACAAGAAAUAAGAAAUAAAUAGUUGAAACUAAGAAAAUACAACAAAAUAUAGAAAUUUUCAAAAAAUAUAUCAAAG